UGGUGAUACAAGAAUGCUUGUAACUGUAACAUUUUAACUAGCAUUUAGCCACACUGUUAGCUCUUAAAAUAUGCCUACAACUAGGUAUUUUUCUUUUAACAUUUCAUUUGUCAUAUCACUUAAACCAACUCUUAAAAAUUCAUUUGUGUGAGUUUUUGAGAGGCCGGUAGGAGGCGCUCGUCGGUCUCCAGACCGACUAACCGGGUGUGAGACUGUGAGUCUUUCACUUUCACUCUUUCCUCUGCUUAUGUCAAACAAUACAAAGUUUUCUUGUCAUCCCUCGUCUGUAUCAGGCUAUCAAAAGUGAAAGAAUGAAAACGCAUUUCUCAUGGUGCUCUUAUUUACCAAGAAGAGACGCCAUGACUGUUACCGGAAUUAUUUUGUGUGGAUUCUUUACUACCUACGUGUGCGCAUCUGAGGUUGCAGAUGUGGUUUUGUCCUGUGAGUUCAUGGAAGACUCAAUCGAGCCGCAAGCGAACUCUGCCUUCACCAGAAUUCCUGCAACUCUCAUCUUGAGGGAAGUCUUCAUUGGUCCAGAUGAAUCCCUUGAAUCGCUCACUCCAUUUGUCCCGCCGCCCAACCCAGAUCUUCGUGCCAUUAUAUUAGAAUCCAAAGCAUCAUCAUUCGAGAUUCCCAACGCAAACGUUCUCCUCCAUGCGGACUGCAACGAACAGGAAGUGUUGUGUGAAAUUAGCAGGUACGCCCCCAACGGCUUAAGGGAAAGGUCCGGAUCGGACCAUUUCCUGGUGUCCCUCGAUGUGAAAGGUGGGGAUUUCGGCGCUUUGUUGAUACUGCGUGCUGUUUCGCCGGUGGACGGACAGUUGGGCCUGACACACAACGAAUUGGGCUUGCCUCUCAGCAACACCGGAACACUGCUGACUGAGGUCAAUUUUCUAGUGUUUUCCACCCUCAAAUCUCUAUCUGCGCCUCUGAGAGGUGCCGGUCUCCUCACUUGUGGCUUCAAGCAUAAGGACAUGCCGCUUGAUGAGGAAGUGCAAAUCGAGUGGAGGCAACAGCAUCGGGGACAAGGACAGAAAGUCAUGGAGGUGAUGGCGAAGUUAAACGAUCUGGAAGGGAGCGCAGUGGUGCAUCACGUGAGCAGGGACUCAAGCAUCGACACCACCCGAAUUUUAAGUGAGGGGAACGCUUCUGUGACUCUGAACAACUUAAAGGUUACGGAUGAGGGCUCCUACAUCUGCGCCAUCAAUAUUGGUUCUUUCUACGGUCAGCAGGUGGUCAAUCUCAACGUGGUUCAACCACCAAGUGUUUCACUCUCAGAGGAGAAGAUAGUUUUAAAAGCAAAUACCGAACAAACCCUCAGCUGCCAUUGCAGUAAAUACUAUCCUCUGGAUGUUCAGAUGGAGUGGCUUUCACAAUCGCCCACUGACGAGGAGCCCAUCGUCUUCCCGCAUCAAGGCUCACUAUCCAGCCACCGGAAGCAAAGCGACGGCACUUACUCACUCUCAUCCCACCUUGUUGUGCCUUCUGACCUCACCCCGGGAACACGAAUCAUCUGCAAGGUGUCCCACCCAGCCCUGGACUCGCCGGUUUCUGUCAGUCUGCUGGUGGAACAGCUAGAACCAGAUGACUACCGGUGGAUGUUGUCACUCCUGGGCAUCACUGUUGUGUUCUUCUACCAACUCAUGAAGUAGAAACACUUAUUUUUUCACCUGGUUUCACUUAAAGUGGGUCAUUUGCUGUAUUUACUAUAAAAGUGAGAUAUAAUUUACUGUACACUGUAAGGUCGCUCUGUCUACAAUCAUCUAUGUUAUUUCUUACCAGUUACGUGUCAUUGAGACCAAAUCAUUGCCCAACUUAGCACAAUAGUGGGGAUCAUUGGGGUGUAAAAAAUAUUUUGGAACAAUUUUGAAUCUGAAAAAGACAUCAGUUUCUCUUGUUCAAGUCACACAUUUAAGCUAAGUUUAUGAUCUUUGGACUGUUUGUUUAUUUCAUCUACUUCAAAGCAAAAAUACCCAUUCAUAUGAACCAAAACAUUUUUAAUGUAGCCUCAGUUUGACCCUUUAAUGCAAGAACUAUAUUUUCAUUACAUAGGACAGGUAUUUCAAAACUGUGGCAGAGGGGCCGAUUGUGGUCCGCAGGACAAUGUAUUUGGGCAACCAUUUGACAUCCAAUUGUAAUAUUACUGUUACAUGCAUUUAUUUUGCAAUGGGCAUUAGAAAAAAAAUAAAUAUAUAAGGUUAAGUAACACAAUUGAAGGAUCCAUUUUUUGAGGAAAAAAAACAAAAACUUAUUUAAAUAGUAAUAAAUAAAGAAUGAACAAACUCAUAAAAUAUAAAUUAAAAAAUGAAAUUUAAGAAAAAUUAAAUAUUCAAAAAAUAAAUUAAAACUUUGUAGUAAAUUGGGAAAAAAAUAAAAAUUGAGACACAAAUUCUAAUAAGUGUGGCCCAUGUGUAUUUUGCUCUGAGAAUUUAAUUUU